AUGAGAGCCGAAGAGUUUACGGACCUGGUAAAGUACUGCUAUAUAGUCCGUUCCGAGAGCGAACGUCCCAUCUUCGAAGAUGGACCUGAAACCAGCAACUACCAAAUCGAAGACCGCGACUUCCGGAGAUUCGUGGAUGGCCUCAAGAAACCGCCUGGCCAGGACGAUGCACCCAAUGACGUUUUGAUGAAGCAAGUAUGCUAUGCCCAGUGGGCAGACCGCGCGCAGAAGCUCUGUCUUGUACGUCGUACACUUUCCACCACUUACUGUUGGACUAGCGACCGCCGUGAUGAUCGUUCAGAAAACGCGAAUGAUACGUUAUAUUUGAAUGAACUCAGCAAACCGUCUGUCUUUGACAUGGAGUUUUCCAGGAAUGGUCGGCUAUUUACUGGAUACUUCCAGGAAUACCGUCCUAAUCGUUCCUCAUGGAAUGAGGAGGGUGACUCGUGUGUUGGAGCCGUUACAAGGAAGGGGAAGCUCUUGCUACGAGAGAGCACGCCUAUAUGCAUCCCAGAAAUCGCAUUGUUUACCGUCACUCUCCAUAGAGGGGUUUUGCGUAUAGUCAAACAUUACAGCCCCUAUAUCUACACUGACCGUCAGUGGUCUCAGAUCAUCUAUGCCGAGAUCGACAUGGCAUCAAAUAAGCAGAAAUUUGAGAGGGGUAUCCGUACUGUGCACAAACUGCGGAUGGCGGCGGUGGAGUUCUGGGAGUCGGUGGCUACCAGUGUCGGUGAUCCAUCUACCUGUGAUGUUGCACCCGACGAUUGGAUACCGCUUCAAGAGAGGCUAUUCAACUUUCCCGCGGCCAAUUAUAUUUUUGAGAGCCUUAGCCCCCGCAUCAAAAGAGGUAUCGAUGUGAGUGUUAAGUCGAGGAUCGGGGACGAAGAGUUCCGGACAUUCAAGGACUCUCCCUGGACGACCGGCUCAGACAGCGUCAGGAUAUUUGCCAAGUACGCGUCUGAUCACCAGUCACCUCCCCCGUUCGCGACCAGUAUACCACUCACGCAACUGGGGCUAGAUCCAGCAGACCCAGAAUACGAGCCGUAUGAUGGAUACGUGCCCUCUAACUGUUACAUCUCGGUCGAAGAGGGUGAUCCUAGGGAUUACGGGUUACGGGAAAAGGUCAUCAACCCUGCAAGGAGCUUCGCAAUCUUCACGAAAACGGUGAUCCGAUUAGUGAAGAAGGAACUCCCCUUCUGGGACAGUCUAGUCGCGUUCGGUGUGUUCGUUACGAAGCGAGCCAUGGAAAUUUACUUGUUUUACCUUUCGGAUUCUAGGCGCGAUGCCUUGAUAACACGCGCCGUUAAACACUUCCCCCUGUGUCAGGAUAAGGAGGGGUUCGAGCAGGCUCUUCGUGCCUUGGACCUGGUGCGCAAGACGGCGGCGGAGAUCCGGCGACGGCUAUGCGCGGACGUCGCAGCUCGCCGUACCGGGGAGAUACAUGUGCCUGCAGAGCCCGACCUCAUGGAGGUAUCGAGGAGCGAAGACGAGGAAAUAUCCAAGGUUAACGACACAAUGGCGCGGGUCGACCUCCGUGCCGAGGCUCCGUCGGUCGGUUCGGCACCCGCGGAAGUCGAGACGAACGCUGCCAGCCAACGUGGCCAGAAGAGAGGCCGGGAAGAGGACGAGGAUGAGGCUCCCCAGACCAUGAAGCACAGGAGAAUCAUGAAGAUGAUGCCGCAAGCUUGCCUGGGUGCUGAUGCCGGAUCUGUUGGCCUUGCGGCUGCGGACACCAAGGCAAACUUUGCGAGCCAAGAUGAUCGGAGACGAAGGCAGGAUGGGGAUGAGGGCGAGACUGCCGGGACCAAGCUAGAACUCCAAACAGGUGGUGGCGGCAUGUUUGGUGGCCCUGCGCCCGUGGACAAGAAGGCGGAUCCUGCGAGCCAAGAUGCUCAGAACCGAAAGCAGGAUGAGAAUAAGGGUGAGACUCCCCAGACCGUAACUACUGGGACCACGGGAGAAUCCCAACCCAGUGGUGGCCCCGCGCCCAUGGACAAGAAGGCGAAUCCUUCCAGUCAGACUAGUCGGAAGCGAAGGCGGGAUGAGGACGAGGACGAUGUUACGCACUUAACGGAGAAGUACAGGAGACUUGGACUGGAUUCCUCAUCAAGGAGGAAAGUGAAAGUGGAAGGGGAUCACGAUGCUUAG